CAGCCGGCGAAGCAGAGCAGAGAGGCACAGAGUGUGAGGGUGCAGAGUCUGUGCUGGUGUGUGUGUGUUUGUGUGUUUGUGCACGUGUAUGCAUGUAUGUGUGUGUGUGUGAAACAGAAAGAGAGAGAGAGAGAGAGAGAGAGAGAGGGAGAGAGGCAUUGCAGGUGAAGCCAGGCAGUGUUUUAAAGUGGAUGAUACAUUAAACUCCUCUCUUCCUCUCGCUGGACUAUUUCACCAACAAGGACUCACCCUUUGGACUAUCCGGACGCUUCCUCUUCCUCUUGGGAACACCUGUGUGUGUGUGUGUGAAUGUGAGUGUGUGUGUGAGUGUGUGUGUGUACAAGGGAGACACAGACUUGGCCCUGCUGAGGGUCCGUGGCUGGGGGAGAAGUAGGGACUGCUGCUGACCAUGGACUCCCCUCACUAGUAAACGGGGGUGGCAAGGGGGUGUGUCCGGUCAUCAUGUGCACGAGAGUCUGUCCUGACCCCGUCCCUGAGUGCCAGCUGUUCCCGGGAGAGGUGGAGGGGCCUGAAGAGGAGGUGGCAGACGACUGCAGGGAGAGGGAAUCGGACAGAGACAGCGCAGUGGAGAGCACCCAAGGGUCGGACACCUCAGACGGGCUCAUCAGAGUGGGGGACAAGGAAGACGCACUCGGGGAACUCUUUUUCCCGGGGGAGAAGUGUGGUCAGACUAGCGUCUCAGUGACCUCUGACGUAUCGACACGUUCCUCAGCUUCUCUGAACGAGGAGCAGUUUGAGGACUACGGGGAGGGGGAGGAACCAGAGUACACUCUCAGCAGCCCCUGUCCUGACGACGAGACUCGUACCAACGGAUACUCUGACCUCGGUUCAUCUGUUCCCUCAAGUGCAGGACAGACUCCUCGUAAGGUGCGUCAGCAUUACUCCGGCGAACUGAUGGAUGUCUAUUGCUCUCAUUGCAGCAAAAAGGUCAACCUCCUAAAUGACCUGGAGGCUCGCCUGAAAAACCUCAAGACUAACAGCCCCAACAGGAAAAUGUCCAGCACAGCGUUUGGAAGGCAGCUGCUCCACAACAGCAACUUAAGCAGCAGCAACGGCAGCACGGAGGACCUGUUCCGAGACAGUAUCGACUCCUGUGACAUCGACAUCAAUGAGAAGGUGACUUCUCUGGAGAAGAAGGUGGCAGAGCUGGAAAAUGAGAUUCUGAUGAACGGUGAUCUCAAGUCCAAGCUGAAGCAGGAGAAUACACAACUAGUACACAGGGUUCAUGAGCUGGAGGAGCAGCUGAAAGACCAAGAGACACGAGCAGAACAAGGUCUGCAGGAGGGACUGAGACGACAUCGAGAGGCCUACGGCAAGAUGGAGCGAGACAUGAACACACAGACAGAGCUGCUGGCCAACCGAGUUAAGCAGCUGGAGGAGGAAAACUGUGAGAUGUCUCUUCACAUGUGCCGACUCAAGUCACAGACGGAGAAACUGGAUGAGGAGAAGCAAAGAAUGACAGACAAGUUGGAGGACACCAGUCUGCGCCUGAGGGACGAGAUGGACCUCUACAGGAAGAUGAUGGACAAACUGAAACAGAACAGACUCCAGUUCCAGAAAGAGAAAGACGCCAUGCAGGAGCUGAUAGAGGACCUGCGUCGAGAGCUGGAGCAUUUGCAGCUGUUCAAGCUGGAGACUGAGAGGCCGGGCCGCGGCCGCACCUCCUCCACGAGCCUGGCCGACUUCAACUGCAGGACCAGGGAGGUGGAGCUGGAACACGAGGUCAAGAGACUCAAGCAGCCGUUUGCGUCCCAGGACUUUCCUCCCUCUGAAUUCCAGCACCUGGUGUUGUCUGGGGCUUGGCUCCACCCUGGCCUAAUGGAGAACCAGAAGCUGAGGGAGCAGAACGAUGAUCUGAACGGUCAGAUCCUCAGCCUCAGUCUAUAUGAAGCAAAGAACCUGUUCGCCACUCAGACCAAGGCCCAGUCUCUGGCUGCAGAGAUUGACAAUGCCUCCAGAGACCAGCUAAUGGAAGCCCUGAAGGAGCAGGAGGAAAUCAACCGGCGUCUGCGACAGUACAUGGACAAAAUCAUCCUGUCCAUCCUGGACCACAACCCCUCCAUCCUGGAGAUAAAGAACUAGCAGUGACUCAACUGGAGUGAGACUCAUCCUCGAACUCGGGAGGGCGAGGAUCAUUCCAGUUGCUGCAUCAAGACCUGAUUCCAGAGUCUGUACCAGAAAGCAGAGAACCGGGACAUAUAAAUAGACAGGCAUCGCCCCCUGCUGUUUGUGGCUGGAAUAGAACUUCUUUGCAGCAAAGGCUCAAGGUGAUUUUUCACAGAACUACAGAGCCACUGGUUGCUCUCUGACUUUUGAUCAUACUGCUGUGACUCUGCAGCGUGAUCUUCCCUGCAAUGUUUUUACUCCUCUAAACUGAAGACAAAACUGGAGAUCCUGCAUUCAACCAUCACUGGACAUAAAGUUCUCGGGAUUAAAAACUGGAAUGAUGUAUCAGACCUGAUGUGGGUUCUACUGUUUCCUGGUGUAAUGUUAGCUGAGGCAGUUAGGUAAAGUGUAGAGAGAACUUUAGGACAAUACAGUGAGACAGACAAACAAAGUUGAUAUGCAAGACUGUAAACCUGAGCAAGACAGACACGGAGACGGGUCAGUCCACUGUUGCCCCAUCUGUAGACUGCUGUCUUUUCUCCCCCUGUCAUGUCGGUGUUCCCUGAAUGGAUGUGAUGUGCUCGGACCAGCAGGUGUUGAAAGUAGACUGAGGACGGAGGCAGAAGUGGUGAGAGAAAGAAAUGAGGAAUUCCUCGAUUUGAAGUUGAAAAAGGUGAAUUAAGAGAAGGAGGAUGCUAUCAAAGGAGGGUUGGUUUUUUUGUGAAGUCAGCAAGGGUUUAUUGAAGGUGACGUUUUUUGUUUUGUUUAUAUUCUGGAGAACAUGUCUUCCAGGAACUUGAAACAGCACUUGCAGAGUCAAUCAGUCCAGUGGUGAAUCUUUUUUCACCGAGAAGUGGCCCUUAGGUCGGUUCAGACGAGCAGCAGAGUGUCACUUUAUGAGGCUGCAACCGAGGAGUGUCUUUAAAUUGUAUACUUCCGUGGCUGCUAUUCGCCAGCAAAGAGCAUGAGCUUGAAAGUGGAUUCUCUGUCUCUAGCAAUAGACCCAAUGAUGUUGCACAGAAAUGUAAUGAUAUGAAUGUUCAGGACAUAAGAUGGAGUGACGAGGAGCUAUUGUAACGUGGUUUACUUGUCUCUCUAUGCUCAGUCAGAUCAACUCAGAUACUGGAUGUGAGCGUCCAUCACCUUUUUGGUACAAAAAACUGGAUUAGUAUGUUUUUUUAUUCCUAACUUUAUUCAAGAAUGUGGUCUUCAGUUUGCCUGCAGGAUAUAAUGUCACUUGGACAGAUUUCCUGCGCUCACACUCCUGUGCGCACAUGAAAGCGUUCUGAUUUCUCCUCUCUCUUCCUCGCUCUUGUUUUUUUCUUCUUCUGCGGUUGGAUUAUUUUGUGCGAUAAAUCUUUCAAAAUUCCCCAACCAAUAGAAAUGCCAGUUGUAGUGUUGAAAAUGAAAGUCUCCCACACACAUCGUGGGUGUGUUAGCUUUACUCCAAUUUUUGCACAGCAAAAUCUGAAUGUGACAAAAUCUGAAUGUGACAUCAGUAAAUCCUGCUCUCAAACAGAAACACCACGCUGUCGAAUAAAGACGGGAAAAAAUCCAACAGAUUCGCAAUCUCUGAAGCCUACAGGGCUCAGAUUGUAGAGAAUGGCUCUCUGAUACUCUCUUAUUCUGUAAAUAUCAUGAAUGUACAACUUGAUAUUUCACUUUGUGUGUGGCCAAAAAAGGCUUUUUGAAUUUAAAUCCGUAAGACACGGUGUGAGACAUGAACAGUAUUCUGUACUGUACUGAAGUCAUUAUUUAAGAUGGGAAAUAAUUACAAUCUGCUGUGUCAUGUAAUGAUUUAAAACUUGAGUUUUGCUUCCUUGCACAAAAAAGACGUUUGUUUCCUUUUGCAUGGUUCAACUUUUCUUCUGUCUGUGCCUUUUUGAGGACAUUUUUCAGGAAGACGUUGCUAUAGAUUUCCACAGGUACGUUUCUAUGUCUGUGUCCGACAUAUUUUCUGGAAUUGUAAAUGUUGUAAUUAUAUAGUGAUAAUUUGUAUUCACGUGCCACUCACCACAGUUUUUUCAGAUUGACAAAAUGAGAUUUUAUACAGUUUUAUCAUGAGAGAACUUGUGAUUGCUUUAGGUGUUCACAUUAGAAAAGCACUAUAGCACAAUGCUUUGUACGGUACGCAAACCAGGUUAGCAAAUUGGGAAUAUUUUGUCAAUGUAAUAUUAUAUUUUUUAAUGCAGUGGGGGACUUUUUGUUUAAUGUCUCAGUUUUUUUGUUAUGGUGAGUCCAUUGCUUUUCAAUUUGCUUUGAAUUGGCCUUUUUACAUGGUUGUAAAUCGUCUUCCUAUCUGACACUAAAUGUUGAGCAUUAUGAGCAAUAUUAACUUAUCUUCCAACUGCUGAUUUUUGUCCUGUUUUGCUUCACAAAUAUAUAGCUGCUCGUGCCAACCUAGAUCUAAAAA